UCCCCAACUUUAGCUAUUAUGAGCCCACUGUCCUGAGUUAUACCUGAGGUCUUGUUAGCAGCUGGCACCUGACCUGCAUAGAAAUGCACAAAAUUAUAUUAUUUAUACUUUUAAAACCUAAUCCCUCUCGCUCAAAAUUAUAUUCAUGCACAUAGAAACAAUAAAAAACAGUGUAAAAUACUUACAGAUUUCACUGAGAAGCACAAGAAAAAUGCAAAGUGGCAUCAUCCCUGAAGCUCUGCAGUCUGUAUCCUCUGUGUUGACGGAUGCACCCAACUCUUAUAGGAGACGAAGGCUGUUUGUGAUUGGCUAAGCUGACUGGUUUGGUUUAGACUAGCGAUUUGUUCUGUUGCAAAAGAUGAGUCUGAUCAGGUGACCAGUGGUGUAAUUUGGAUUGAAUGAGUCUUUUUGGAUACAUGAUUGUUGUUGUACACUGGAGGACAGUAGGUGUGACAACAUGUUUGUAUAGCAUACCAUGAAAAGGAAAUUCUCUCAACUCCAUUUUUGAAUGGAGGCGUAGAUGUUGGUGCAUGUCAGUGUUUAUUCCCCAUAUGCACAGUGCUUAGAGGUGAUUUUGUUUCAGUCUGGAAAAACAUGCUGCACUCUUCGGUCAUGACACGAGUUUGUCAUUCUGUUUGUUAGAUUUAGAUGUGCUUAUGUGAUUAUUUAUAGGAUUACUAGUGUAAGAAAGUGUUUUUUUUUCUGGAAUGUGUGUGUUUAAAUGGUUAGCCUCAAUGGGUUGAAAGGGAGUGGGAGAGAUGCAGAGAGAAUAUCAGAAAUCAGGUCAAGUGUUUCAACCCAUCUAAAGUACUUUAAAGUUAAUGUUCAUAACGUCAUGGCUGUGGUUACAUGUCUUUUCAAUGUGACUUUGUAGGUCCCAUCAUGCCAGUGAUGCCCCACAGGUCAGAUGUGACAUUUGUUCCACUACUUCUCCUUGGAACAACACCCCAUGUACACAUCGCCAGACGUCUUCCGUUUAGAGGAAACCACAUAUGACAUUUACAACACUGCUGCACAGAGUGUUUUUGUUCUUCUUUUAGUGUUUAUAAUUGUGACUAUAAUUCAAUGUUACCUUUCUGCCCUCUACUGUUUUAAUUAUUCUUUACUUAUUCAUGAUGUGUUAUGUAGCCCUCAAUGCCGAGUGCAGCGUCAAAAAUGUUUGUAGGUAAAAGGAGGAAGAAGCUUGAGAACCAAGGGAGGAAAUGGGAGAUUGCAUCUCAAAUGUCACAUUUUGAGAUGGACUGCUUCCAUUCCUAUUAUAUCACACUCAUGUAUAUCACACCUUGUUCAUACAGUAUGCUCUCCAUUAGCUUCUGCCACAAAUGGGCACAUGGUGAGAAUACACAAAGCAGCAACUUCCUGGGCUGAAAAUAUAGUCAAUGCACAAGUGCCGAAAACUGUUGUUCCUCGAAUCGCCACUUUAGGCUGGCUCCAAAAGCGAGUCAAUCUCCAUAAGCCCCCAUGUUAAAAUGCCCAACUUCACAGCAGAAAUAAACAACUGCACGGGGGGUGAAUUUUUAUAUGACUCACACGUUUAAAUUACAUUAAGGCUUAAAGUUAUGCGUGACAGGUAGGUGCUGUCACAGGUGACUGGUUUCUGCUAAAAUACUUCAACGUACGUCAACCAUAGUAUCUUUGAAAUUUGAAUUCUCCUCACUUUUUGUGUAAGGAAAAAGUUAAUACUGUGGCUAUUGUGCAUACUUUUCCAUUUUGAGUGGGCAACUGAGGGCUGGCCAUGUCAACUAUCGUGGUGCGCUGUUUGGAGCACAUCAUAGCCCCAUGUACUAGCCUUUGAUUGUUGAAAUACAGAACGUGUCUUUCUCCUUUUCCAACACACACACAUACACAUAGGCUAUGUACCAUUUAAGACAUCAGUCAAACAUUUGGGGGCAGCAAUUGUGCUGUUAAAUUUGUAUUGGGCUCUGAAAGUGGACGCUAGCUAGCUAGUUAUUCAAGCUUGCUAACAUUAGCACUGGUUUCCACUAGACGUUAACUUUUGUUCAUGCUUUUUCAAUACCUGCUGAGUCAUAGAGAGGCGAAGUCCCUCCCCUUCUGGUGUCCCCCAUUGGGACCUUAUUUUGGAAAAAAUAUGUACGGAGACAAAUAUUUUUUUGAUCCCGUUUGAAUUGUGCCAUGAAUUACACAUAUGAUGUUUGUCAAUUUAAAAGAUAAUUUUGCAAGUCAAGAAAGUCGCAGUUUGUCGUAGGUUUGUUGUGGUAAAAUUCAGUUUUGGAGGAAACCGCUCAGUAAGCUACAUCUCUAGCUUGCACAAUAUACGUCACCAACACCAACAUGGCCGUCCCUUGUAACGUUAGUUAACCUGAUUUUUUUUAAUGUAAUCUAUUUCUGUCAGAGUCAAUGGUAACGCAGUUCGAAUUCAUUUCAAAAAUAUGGCAACGUAUUGUGCCGCAUUCUAGUAAAUCUUUUUAUAAAGAGAGUGGCAGUCAUUUAAAUUAUGAUUUAUUUGUAGUACGUGACAUACAAACAACAAAAAUACCAGUAUUGUCCUCUAAACAGUAGCUGGCUAGAGAGGGUUGAAGAAUUUGCUUCACAUAAUAGACUCAUGGUGCUCGAUUGUAACAUGUGGUUACAAGUUUUCACUGUUCGUGUGUGUAUAAUUGUGUAGGAGCUUGUGUUUCUGUUGGAGUGAGAAAAAAUGUUGUCAGAUAUUUGCAUCUGUUCCCACGCUUUAACCUAAUUUAGUAUUUUUGGUCUAAUUCCCUCAUCCUCUCCCUUGCAGAUUUAAUAACUGUCAACUCAUGCAGCAGACCUUUACCAAGCAAAAGCGGGCCACUGCAGAUCUCAGCAGUGUGAAGCAAAAGUUAAAGGACAUCAGCUUAGUACAACAUCAAGACAUUUUUUCUCCAAGAUGGUCAACCACAUGGUGAAUAUCAGCAGUAGCCCAUCAAACCAAACAGCCACGAUGAGUUCUUUGAGUGUUUUCACCAUUUCCCUCCAUGGCUUGUUCUCUUCCAUUGGCAUCGUAGAAAACCUCCUCAUCCUCAUAGUAGUGGGCUUCCAUGUCCGCCGCUCUAUAAUCAGCAUCUGGAUCCUGAAUCUCGCAGCCUCUGACCUGCUGGCCACUGCUUCCCUGCCCUUCUUCACCCUCUACAUGGCUCGCGGCCACACUUGGACAUUGGGCACAACUUUCUGCCGCAUCCAUUCCUCCAUCUUCUUUCUCAACAUGUUUGUCAGUGGCUUCCUGCUGGCGGCCAUUUCUAUGGACCGCUGCCUGGUAGUGCUGAGACCCGUCUGGGCCCAGAACUACAGGAGCACCCGCCUAGUAGGGAGGAUAUGUGGGGUGAUUUGGGCCUUGGCUGUGUUCUGCACUAUCCCCUUCUACAUAUUCCGUGACACCAUUACCCAACCUGACGGCAAGAUCCAGUGUUACUACAAUUAUUCUCAGUUCCUCCCUGCUAAACUUCCUCCCUUUGACCUGGAAUCUUUAUGUAAGCAGCGCAAGGAGGCCUUGGCCUUCAUGAAGCUCUUUCUAGCCUUCCUGAUCCCUCUACUAAUCAUCAUCGUCAGCUAUGCUGCCGUGAAUUCCAGAUUGGCGCGCAGAGGCUGCCGACGCCCUUUCCAUUUUGUUCGCCUUGUAGUGGCCGUGGUGGUGAGCUUUGUACUCUGCUGGGCUCCAUACCACUUAUUCAUCAUCAUGGAGGUGAUGGCCUCCAGUGGGCAUCUUAUGCAGAAAUUUGCAGCAAGGGCCCUCCCAACUGCAGCAACCAUCGGCUUCCUUAACAGUGUCCUUAACCCCAUUCUGUAUGUGUUCAGCUGCCGUGACCUGCGCAAUAAGAUAAGACAUUCUCUUGGUGAGGUGAUGGAGAGUGUUCUGGCUGAGGAUCUGACAGAGCUGGCCCGACGCCGCAGCAGUGGUCGCACUUCUAUCAGCACCACCACGUUGAGGCCGAAGAAUUCCAUUACAACCUUGUGUCUGGGAGCAGAAGAGCAAGAGCAGGAUGAAAGUCUUACUAACCCUCCUCAGAACUGAACAAAAAUGUACCGUAAAUUCUCUAAUAGUGGCCAGGCUUUUAUUUUACUUCAUCUGCACAGAGAACCAGCCUUUAUUUGAAACAGGCCUUUAUUUGUAAUUUUGGAGUUAUAUCUUAUCAUGUUUUAGUAAGAGACCCCCCGUUUUCGGAUCUGUGUUUGUGUUUGCUUAACUUAUCUGACUGAUCUCACUCUAGCAUGCAUUGUUAUAUUCCCAAGAGCAUUCAACAAUUUAGUCAGCAUUACUGAAGUAUACAGUGUGUACUGAGUACUCACACUAGGGUUGUGCUUGUAGUGCAGCUCUUAACUUCCAGAUUAGUGACAACCGCUUGGAUUUUGAUUGAUGUGUAUAUUUUUGAAUGAUGUUAACAAUAGCUGUACUUGGAGAUACAGUAUGUUCUUGCUAUUUUAAUAAAUCCCCCCAUUGUGCUUAUAAUAGAAAAUAGAUGCCUUAAAUGUUGUAUAAUAUAUAUGCUUUAGUGUCCAUGUAAUGUCUGUACUUUUUAAUACUGUAACAUUUUCUAAACAUUAAACAAAAAGCACUGUGUUGCAGCAUGACACUUGCCUUGCA